CCGUCGAGGAUGGCGUCGAAUCGCUCGGCUUAGUUGGUGGCUCGGCAAUCCUCAGGGACGAACUUCCGACUCCGCGUUAGAGAAGAUAGGAGAUUUGAGUGACGGUCGGCUACAUACUCAGCUCGGAUAGUCAAAAUGGGUACAUGUUGCAGCAAGCGGCCUGAGCCGCAGCCGAUCGGCUACAAGAAAGCCGAGGUAGGACUGAAUUCGAAGCACAGCAACGGUGGCUCUCUCGACCGCUACACAGCCGAUCCGAACCAGAGGGGAGCUCAGUCGCGAGCCGACAUUAUAAGGCCCCGACCAACGCCCUGUAAGGCACUGCAGCUGUUAGCCGUCGCCACGCCGGCGACGCUGGCACCGCUUAUGCUACCCGUAGCUACUGCUAACCAUCAGCAGGCCCAAGCGCGAAAAUUAUGCGCCAAUGGCCCCUCACCUGCAUCGCACUCGCAACGAGCGAACAAGAUCGUGGUGGCUCUCUACAACUAUACGGCGCGCGAAAGUACCGACGUGAGUUUCGUCAAAGGGGACCGAAUGGAAGUACUCGAUGACUCCGAACAUGACUGGUGGAAGGUGUUGCAUCUCACUACACUGCAGGAAGGAUUAAUUCCGUAUAAUUUCGUCGCUGUGGAAAGAUCCGUCGAGAGUGAGGACUGGUUCUUUGAGAACGUUUCGCGCAAAGAGGCGGGUAAACUGCUGCUGGUAGACGAGAAUCCUCGCGGAACGUUCCUGGUAAGGCCGAGCGAGCACAACCCACGUGGUUACAGUUUGUCGGUGAAGGAUUGGGAGGAAGGACGCGGGCAUCACGUCAAGCAUUACAAAAUUAAGCCCCUCGACAAUGGUGGCUUCUUCAUAGCUACUAACCAAACCUUUCCAACUUUACAAGCUCUCGUUUUGGCUUAUAGCAAAAAUGCACUUGGCCUGUGCCACGUAUUGUCGAAGCCAUGUCCAAAGCCACAGCCAGACAUGUGGGAUUUGGGUCCGGAACUACGCGACAAAUGGGAGAUCAACCGUAACGAGAUACAACUCAUACGUAAACUUGGACAUGGUAACUUUGGCGAAGUUUACUAUGGCAAGUGGCGUAACAAAAUUGAGGUAGCUGUGAAGACACUUCGGCCCGGUACCAUGUCGAAAGAAGCGUUCCUACAGGAAGCUGCAAUAAUGAAGCAAUUCCGACAUCGUCACCUAGUAGCCCUUUAUGCGGUUUGCUCCAAAGAAGAGCCCAUCUACAUUGUACAAGAAUUCAUGUGUAACGGCAGCUUGUUAGAUUUCUUACGUACGGGCGACGGUAAAUUCAUGCAGUUCGAAGAUUUGAUCUACAUAGCAGCGCAGGUAGCAUCGGGCAUGGAACAUCUCGAGAGCAAGCAAUUGAUACACAGGGAUUUGGCGGCGAGAAAUGUACUCAUCGGCGAAAAGUACAAAGCGAAGAUCUGUGAUUUCGGGCUUGCUCGCGUUAUCGAGGACGACGAGUAUUGUCCACGCCAAGGCAGUCGAUUCCCUGUUAAAUGGACUGCACCCGAGGCUAGCAUUUACGGCAGGUUCAGCAUUAAGAGUGACGUCUGGUCCUAUGGUAUUCUACUUAUGGAGCUAUUCACUUACGGACAGGUUCCUUAUCCUGGUAUGCAUGGACGUGAGGUGAUAGAGCAGGUGAAUAAAGGCUAUCGAAUGCCUAAACCGGUUAACCAUCCACUACCCGACAGUAUCUAUCGAUUGAUGCUACAGUGUUGGGAUGCGGUACCGGAAAAACGGCCAACUUUCGAAUUUCUCAAUCACUACUUCGAGUCGUUUAAUGUAACAAGCGAAAUACCAUACUUGGAACCACCAACAGACUGAUACAUGGCCCAUCAUGUAACUGGUCACAUGGUGCCACACCACGCCCAUUACCAUCCACAUAACGUCAACUGUGCCAUGGAAUUUUAUGGUAUUUACUGCUGAACGUGAUAAGAAAGCAAAAAAUGUACUGCUGCACAUUCUUCGGAUUUACUCACAUGGAUUCUUUCCUUUUUUUCCAAUCCAAAUUAACUUACAAAAUACUGUCACGAAUGAUUGUUUUUCCUGUUUUGCACCUUGUUACGUGGAAGAGACAAGAAUAUUUUACAAUACGACAAAAUAUAUUGUUUGGAAAAUGUUCAAAUGUAAAUUGUCAAGAGAACGGAAAUAGCGAUCGAAUCAUUAUUAAAUUUUCAAAGGUGAUUUUUAUUGCAAAUAUAAUAAUGAUUUCGAUACGACCAUUCAAAUUUUCAAAAACCAAUUAUACUUUGACGUAUUUUCUGGAUCAAAUGCUUGACAUUUACAAUUGAAGCAAGCACUAUACAAUUUUGUAAAAUACUUAUAAAAAUAGAUGCGUCUUCCAUGUAACAAUUAAUACCUCCAAGCAGCAGGAAAAAAAUGACAGUGCAAAUGAUCAACGAUAAAAGACUCCAUGUGCCAUAAAAAUAAAAACGCGCACGCAUAAUUUGUAUACGUGCGCACUAUUAUCGUUAUUCGUUGUGUUUGAAACGGAACAAAAAAGGAAAAUAUGAGCGUGGAUUGCCAUGUAUAGAGUCUUUGAAAAAAUAAGUCAUUUUUACACGAAAACGAAUUCGAUGACAUGAACGCAAAGGAGUUUUAAGAAUCAUUUUAAACAAAGUAUUUAUGAAUGCAACAAAAAGUAGAUCUGUUUCGAAUUGACAAUUAAACGUAAAACUGUUAGGGUAAAACUAGUUACCGCGUAACUGCAAAUUAGUCUGUUAGAAGCAGUUACUAUUUAUAUGAAUGAAGUAAAAAAGAAACAAAUUAAAGAAUAUCGAUAUAAAAAUGUUUCGCGAAAUAUAAGAGUUAGGCUAAUGGAGUUUUUUUUCUAAAUAUUUCAAUCCUGCGACAUAGAGGUGUCUGAAUGGUGGGUCUGAAUGGUGAGUUAAAUUUAUAAAAAAUAAUACAUUGACAAAUUCGAUAGAAACCAAUAAAAUACGAAGACGCAUAGAUUCAUUCUAAUAUUAGAUAAAUAAAUACAUAAAUCACCGUAGAAUUUUGUUAAAACGAGUUUGAAUAGUUAAUAAGUCGCGGCAAAUUGACAAAUGCAUUUAAUAUACAUACGUAAUUGAUGGACUCAGUAUUCGUGCAAAAACCAAGAAAUAAGCAGAAAAACAAAUAAAUUCUUUUAUUUUGCUGUGAUUUGAGCUGCCUACUAACGAUCCAUGACUCUAAAAUGACGUAUAAAUGAUGAAAAUAAAUAGCAUGAAAAGGGUUUUAUCGCACCGUUAUAUCUACAAUUAAUUCAUCUAUAACUAAUGAGAAAUAAAAUUAAGUCGUCAAGACGUCAGAUAGUAGAUAGUAUACAUGGAAUAUUUUGAAGAAAUUCUAUUUUUCUUUGUGGGUUCUAAUGAGGAUAGGUUACCGGAUAUGUCUCUUACACUAAAGGAUAUAUACUGUAACGGAGUUUUCACGAUUGGUAGCGUAAACAAGUCACUAAAAAACAAAUAUGAUAAAAACUCAUGAUAUACAAAGUUCGUUACUAACUGAAGCUAAACUUAAAGCAAUGGAUGUUACUCGUGCAAAGUAAUCACGAAAAAAUGUAAAGAUUAUCUUUUUGACACCAGUAUGGAUCCCACCACCGGCACAAUAAAACUGUUACCUUUCCGAUAACAAAAAUUAAAAAGUAUGCCGUUCGUCGUGUUACUUGAUAAACUCAAAAAAUUCAAUUUUUGUAAAUACUCGAUUUUGUAUACACGAUACUAGAUACUACAUUGCUAGGCAAAAAAUCUUUAUCGCAAAGGGAAAAUAUUUUUAACAUAGAUAUUUUAUGUUAGUUGCAAAAGAUAUAUAAAGAAUGCAAAUACAGGCAUUGCAAUUUGACGAUACUAUUUUUACUUUAAAAUUUUAAAGUAUUCAAUAUAGUAUUUAAAAAUAUAAAUUUUUUAUUUAGUUCUUUAGAUUUUUGCCGAGCAAUCAUUAUAAAAUGUAGAUACUCUCAAAUUACGGGUCAAAGUUGUACGGCCCAUGUAAACAAAAUGAAUAAUUCAAUGACACAUCAAAAUAAUGUGGUAAUAUCUUAUUUUAUAAGCUAAUGAGGAUAAUAUGAAAAGCAUUUUUACGGAUGCUAAUGCACCGAAUUAAUAAAAACACAAAAGAGAAACGAGAAUCAGUCGCUUUUCAAGUUGAAAGUUUUCAAUGACAAAAUCGCAUUUGAGAUUACAGGUUUUUCCAUGAAGUGUACUUCUGCAUAACUUUUCAAAAUUUUCGAAAAAGAGCGAUUAGAUUCUCCAUCGAAAAAAAAAAAUUUAAUAAAAGUGUAUGCCAAAUUUUUGAUAAAACGACGUUUUAUCGUUUGAUUUGACUCCUUCAUGCGAGAUGGAUGAAUUCGAAUACCAAUACUAUUUAUCGUAUACCAAUUUUCAAUUAGUAUUAGCUUAUUUAAAUACCAAUGAAAUCUAUCGUAACUAGCGGACAUUAGAUUGAGAGAGAAAAAAAAAAUCUGACUGAUAUGAAAUUGAAACAUUUGAUGACUAUUAGACCAUUGCACGAAAGAUUUAUCAUCAUUUGUCACUCAUUAAUUUUGUUAAAUGUGGGACCAAAUAAGGUUUUGCAUUGUUCCAGUAAACAUUCUUAUGUACUGUUAUGACUUGUAAUUUCAGUAUUUCUCUUCUAAUCACAGUGACAAACAACGUGCAUUUACUUUAUUUGUUUAUUGCCAACAUUGUAUUCCCUGAAAACGAGCUGCCGCAUCAAGAAAAUACAAAGCAUAUUUGAAAAAAGCCCUAGAGACGUUAGAAUUUUAUAUGUAAACUUCGACAAAAAAGAUGAAUAUGAAUUUUCUCCCACGGUGCUUUUCUCUACGACUCACGAUCACUCAUACAUUUUGUAUACUAUCAUAGCCUUUAAGAUUUUUUCUAUAAAUAUUUUUAGUCGAAUCUCAGUGCUGUUUCAUAGGACUCCUGUUAUGCAUGGAAAUUCGUAUUCAUCAAGAAAUCAAGGUAGUCGAGCGAUUGAUCCAGCGUUUGUCUGGUUCAUCAGCGCAUUUUGUACAUUUUUACCUGCGAUGUAAGUCAUUAGAAAAGAAAAAACUUUUUUUCUAUUUAAGUAUUCUAUUCCACAAAUGUCCAGCAUUUGUCACACACACAAAAAUGAAUCUCACCUAUGUGCUGUAUCCUGUGUUCACGUAUAUGAAACACACCUGUAUUUUUUUCAUAUAUCUAUAACGUGUGAUGAGUAAAGUAUCAGCGUAUAUGAUUAUUGUAAUUAGCGUGCUUGUUAGAUGAAAGAAAAAUAGGCUAACGAGAGCAUUCUUUGAUGCGUUAAAUGAGCAUACUCAAUUGCGACAUUUUGUUUUCUCCUGUGAAUUACAAGAAAAUUAACGUUGGGAAGAUUCGCAGAAAAAUAGAGGAAUGGCCUAGCAACAUAACAUUUUCAUUUUUGCAAUUUAAAACGCUUUUCUUGAGUAUGCCUGAUUUAACAUAGUCGUCGUUACAUAUUCUGUCCCAGAGCCAUAUCGAAGUACAUACGUUCGCUCUCUCAGUGACUUAUAGAUGCAAAAAGGAAAAAUAAAACGGCCAGUCGUGAGAAUCGACUGUGCUUCUCGCAAAGAUAAAAAAAUGAUACGUUUAGAUUGAGUCCUGCUUGUUUCCUGGCGAAGAAAAAAGAAAUUUUUAUCGAGAACGUAAAAUAAACGAGUCUAUUUUUGCUCGACAAACCUAGUAGGUGAAUAUUUUGUAAUGAAUCGUUGAGAGAAAAUUAUUAUAUUGUGCAGAGUGUGCCUGGGUGUGUACGCCGCGUUUUCGUUUUCCUACUUUUUCGUCGACGGAUUCCCUCCUCGGGUGCUAAAACGAACGCGAAUCCAUCCCGUAUAUCUAUUUUUGUCUCGACACGGCGCGUCAUAUAUAUAUAUACACUCUCGCAUAAAGUGUAAUUGUAAAGAAAAGAAACCAUCGUCGACGCGCUGUACUUAAAAAACAAAGAGUUACUAUACGAGAGAGACGCUAUAUAGCAAGCUGAAGUAUAAGCGAGCGAGCGGUGAAAGAUCGAGAGGUGAACGUACGAUGAGUCAUGUCGCGAGCGCAGAUUUCGUCCAGCAUAGAAUGAGAGAGAGAGAGCGAGAGAGAGAGGAGACACUUUCCGUUCCGCUUCUUUUCCUGCGAGCGAGUAUAUGUGUGCAUGACUUUUUCUUCUCGACGUGUCGGUUACGGGACUCUUGAUUUAACUAAGAAUUUAUAUAAAAAUGCUAUCGUCAUUGUUUAUUGUACCAAAGCUCUUCUUUUUUUACGUGCUAAGUAAUUUAAUUAUUAUUUUGUAAUAUUAAUAUAAUUAUUAUAACGCAUA